AUGUCUCCAUCUGUUGCAAUUCAUGGCAUUCCAAAGAUGUUCUCUUUGUCUAAGUUGCUACGUGAAUUGAAGCACCCAAAUGUGAUUGCACUACAGAAGGUUUUCCUUUCUCACAGUGACAGGAAAGUCUGGCUUCUCUUUGAUUAUGCUGAACAUGAUUUAUGGCAUAUUAUUAAAUUUCACCGUGCCUCAAAAGCUAACAAAAAGCCCAUGCAGUUGCCAAGAAGUAUGGUCAAAUCCCUGCUUUAUCAGAUCCUUGAUGGAAUUCAUUACCUCCAUGCAAACUGGGUGUUACAUAGAGACCUUAAGCCAGCAAAUAUUUUGGUCAUGGGAGAAGGACCUGAAAGAGGAAGAGUUAAAAUAGCGGACAUGGGGUUUGCAAGACUUUUUAAUUCACCCCUCAAGCCUUUAGCAGAUUUGGAUCCAGUGGUAGUUACCUUUUGGUAUCGAGCACCAGAAUUGCUACUAGGAGCACGACAUUACACGAAAGCCAUUGAUAUUUGGGCAAUUGGUUGCAUUUUUGCAGAGCUACUCACUUCAGAGCCAAUAUUUCACUGUCGCCAAGAAGACAUCAAAACAAGCAACCCCUUUCAUCAUGAUCAGUUGGAUAGAAUUUUCAGUGUCAUGGGAUUUCCAGCAGAUAAAGACUGGGAAGACAUCAGAAAAAUGCCUGAAUAUCCAACACUCCAAAAAGACUUCAGGAGGACAACGUAUGCAAAUAGCAGUCUCAUCAAAUAUAUGGAAAAACAUAAAGUAAAGCCUGACAGUAAAGUAUUUCUACUGCUUCAAAAACUGCUCACUAUGGAUCCCACUAAAAGAAUAACUUCAGAACAAGCACUUCAAGAUGCAUACUUCCAAGAAGAUCCUUUACCUACUUCUGACGUGUUUGCUGGUUGUCAAAUACCAUACCCUAAGAGGGAAUUUUUGGCUGAAGAUGAGCCUGAAGAAAAGGGUGAUAAGAACCAGCAACAGCAGCAAACACAGCAACACCAGCAGCAGACAGCUCCACAACAGCCACAACAGCAGCCACCUCAGGCACCUGUGCAGCAGGGACCCCCUCAACAGAACAGCACACAAACAAAUGGUACAGCAGGAACUGGAGGAGGACCUACUGGGGUUGGCCUACAGCAUGGACAAGAUCAGGUUCCUCCCAACAAGAAACCUCGACUUGGAACCUCUGGAGCCACCUCAGGGACUGGCGUUCUUCAGUCUGAAUACCAGCAUUCUGGUUCUCGUCUGAGUUACCAAAGCAAUGUCCAGGGAUCUUCUCAGUCCCAGAAUACAAUGGGAUAUUCAACAUCCUCCCAGCAGAGUUCCCAGUAUUCUCAUCAAUCACAUCGAUACUAAAAAAAGUGUACACUUUGGCAUGAUUGGGUGCAGGCAAAUGUAAAAUUAUAAGAAAUUUGGUGUUGGAUUGUGUGCGACAGUGAAUGCUUUACAGAUUGGGUAAAUUCUCCAGCAAUAUGAAGUGAAUCUGCAAAUAAUAACCAAAAAGACUGCAACAUGAGACAACCAUCCCAUGCCUGGGCUAUGGGGCAAUCCUUAAAUAACUGAUACUUCUUUUUUGUACUUCACAAAAACUAUAAUUUUUUCUUUCAUAUUAAUAUUUCCAGAUUGUGUAAUGACACAAAGGUGAAAUGUCUUCACACCCAGCUCAACAGCUUACUAUAAGCAGCACAGAUGAAGAGAUCUGAAUGCUACUGGUGCAGAAUAAGAAGCCAAAAUCACACAAAAAUAGAUUGUACAAAUAUGAAUAUUUACUUAUAGUAUAACAACAUCUUUUGUAUGUUUUAAGAAAAUAACUUUAUUUUUAUUUGUUGUUCUUUCUAAUUUUAUUUUUACUAAGCAUCAGGUUUGUAAAUAUUUGUAUAAAAAUUGAUGGAAUGAGAAACACAGGACAGCUUUAUUAUGUUCAAGCAAAUGUCCUUCAAACAUUAUAUACAGUAGAUUCUUUAUUUGAUAUUAGGCCUAAACACUGAAGAAAGGACAUAAAGAAACUUGUUGAAGUUUGGAAAUGUAUCUCAUUCGAUAUAUGUCUCUAAAGAGGAGAGAAUUUAUAAGGUUCUACCAUAAGAUUAGCUGUAUUUUGUUUUGCUAGUACAGCACAUCUUUCAGCUUGUAUGUUGUUGUGGUUAGAUUCGUUAAUAGAUUUAUUUUGGAGUGACUCUUAAAAAGAUUACCACUAUGCAUCUGCAGUUAGGCCCUAACUACACUUGAGAAACACUUGCUAAUACAUCUGUGAGUAGAAGUACUCUACUUGUCUAAAAAGCAGAAUAUCAGCCUUGCAUCCAAAAUUGUUGCAAAGAGCAUUUUUUUUCCGAAUUCUGUAGUUUGUUUUUCCCUACUCAGGCAUUUUUAAUCUCUGUUCUAAAGUGCAAGCAAAAUGUUUCAGGUACUUUUUCCCUUUCAGUCAUAACAUGUAACUUUGCUUUUAUUGGAUAGAGAAAAUACAAAAUAACAAGAAUGUUCAUCCAUCCAUUAUCCAACCCGCUAUAUCCUAACUACAGGAUCACAGGGG